AUGCUUGAAGAUGAAAUACUAGCUCAUAUUUUAUGGUCAUGUUUCUCUGCCAAGGAUGUAUGGCUUCUGUGUUCCAAGUCUAUUCAAAAGGCAAACAUUCAAGUAUCCAGUUUCUUAUCUGUUUUUGAGUUCCUGAUUGACCGAUUAUCAAGUCAGAAACUGGUGUUAUUUGCCACCCUAACUCGACUAAUCUGGUUUAGAAGAAACAGUCUUAUUCAUGAUGGCCAUUUUCAAUCUCCUAAUGUGCUCUUUGAUAAUGCUGUAAAGGUUGUAGAUGAGUAUUGUAAUGCAAGAGCCAAGUCAGCAAGGUUUGGAAUUCAGAAUCUGCUACCUACUACUCGAUGGGAAACACCUCCAUCAUCUUGGGUGAAAGUGAAUUGGGAUGUGGCAGUAAGAUAUGAUUUCAACAAGAUUGGUGUUGGUGUAGUGAUAAGAGAGGCUGAUGGUUCUGUUUUGGCUAAUUUGAUGCAACCAAGAUUCUAUUGCACUGAUCUUGUGUUGGCUAAAGCAAGAGGUUUACUCUCUGCUGUGUUAUUUUGCAAUGAGUUGGGUCUCGACUCUUUAAUCUUUGAAGGUGACUCUAGUCAAGUUGUCCAUGCAGUCAAGAAUUUUGCUUUUUCUGCUGGGAAAUUGCAGUGCACUAUCUUAGACAUCAUUGAACUUCUGUGUGGUGCUUAG